AGGGGAAGAAUAAUGUGACACAGACCAGCAGCUAGGAUAUUCAUUUCAACUGCGCGACAGGUUUAAUGCGCGCUUUCGUUUCGGACCAACUUUGGCCAAGUCGGUGGGAACCUGGUGACCAGCUGUGUGCCCCGAAGCAGCGUGACAAGUUGGGAGAGGGGAAAAAAAAGGACUCUCAUCACUAUUUUUAAAUGGGUACAGUGAGAUUUGGGGGGCGUGGACGGUAGAGGAGCAGCAGUGAGCAUGUUGGCUCUUGGCUGCAGCUCCGGUGUAAUGAUGUGCCGGUUUGAAGAACUGGACUACGCGUAGAUUGAGCGGUUGUACGCGGAACCGUGCGGUCGUCUACAGCCGGACUUAUGUGUUUUGGAGCCCGUUAAGCGUCAUUUGGAUUUAUAUCUUCAACGCGCUGCCGUUCGGCGAUACAAGGAAGGAGGAUCAGCCGUGAAAAGGUUUUUUUUUUUAAGACGCAGCAGCUGCCGUGCGGACAAAAUCUUGUCGAGCAGAUAUUUGAAUGACAAUAGUUUGAGGCAACUGCUUUCUAAUUUGUGUAAGGAAGCCUAAUUAUUGAGACUGCCUGCGCACGGUAAAUCACUGAUAUUACAUUUGGGAUUCAGAAGCUGUUUCAAGAGAAACUGAAGUCAUCUUAAUUUGUAAAUAUUGACAGGUGUUACGGUCAGGCUGAGCCUUUAAUUCACUUACGGCUCUGUUGUUAUGUCUUAAAGCACCGUGGACUCACAAGGUUGGGAAUGGUAACCAAAGCAUGGAUCCUCCAAAUAUUGUUUAAUGCAGUCAUCUUUACUUUCCUAAUACUCGGAGAAAGCACUACAUUGUUAGUAACUACCUUAUAAUGCGUUUGAAACGCCGAAUGGGAAAGUAACCAUCACUUUAGUGUCUUCUUCUCUCCGAGUUGUAGCCGAUCUGGCAACAUCCAAAAUGACAAGCAACGGACCUGUCAUCGUUUACGAGUGGCUGAAGACCCUCCAGCUUGCUCAGUACGUCGAGGCUUUUGUGGAUAAUGGAUAUGACGAUCUGGAGGUUUGCAAACAAAUAGGGGACCCCGACCUGGAUGCCAUCGGCGUCUACAUCCCUCACCACAGGCAGAGGAUUCACGACGCCGUGAGGAGGCUAAAAGAUGAAGCCGACGAGACGGCCAGUGGACUCUACUUCACCCUGGAGCCGAUGCCACCCGCAGCCGAGAUUUAUACCAGUCACAUGGUGGACCAGUAUGAGUCCAAACUGCGGGCAUCGAAGUCCUGGACCGAGGCCAACAGUGACCGGGCUGGGCGCAACGGUGGGUACAUGGGCGCGCAGAGGAACCUGACGCUGGGCAACAGGAGGGAGCUGGUGAUUUACCCCAAGCUGAAGCUGAAGAUCAUGAUCAGGGAUAAGCUCAUCAGAGAUGGCAUCAACCUCGCCAAGCCGCCCUACUCUAUUAAGGAUGGUUCUCUGGGCAACAUAGAUGACCUUGCCCAGGAGUAUUCUGAGUACUACAAUACCUGCUUCAGUGACGUCAGUGACCGCAUGGAGGAGCUACGCAAAAGACGAGUCUCCCAAGAGCUUGACAUGGAGAAACAGGAUCCAAGCAGUACAUCCCUGCAGCUCCGUUCUGAGAUCCAGGAAUCAUUAGGCUUCAGCAGUGAGGUGUCCACUCCAGAAACAGACAGAAAGAUGCCUCUGCAUAAAUCCAGCUCUGAAGAUGGAUCUGGAGGUAAAUGGGACAAUAAGAAGAAGAACAAAUCUUUUUGGCAGAACUUCCGCAAGUCUCAGCACAAACCAGUCAUGCGACAGACAUCAAAAGGAGAAGACAUAGGCUACGUGGCCAGUGAGAUCACCAUGAGCGAUGAAGAGAGAAUCCAACUUAUGAUGAUGGUGAAGGAAAAGAUGAUCACCGUUGAAGAAGCUCUAGCUCGGCUGAAGGAGUAUGAGCGCAGCAGACAGUCCAGCAGUUCUGACACUGCAGAGUGGACUGAGGGAUCUGCAUCCAAUCUAAACCAGUCCUCAAACUGCAACUCUCGUGAACAGUCAGACGAUGAGCAAUCAGAGGACUCUGUGAAGUUCAAACGGCUUCACAAGCUGGUUAACUCUACACGCCGGGUCAGGAAAAAACUCAUAAAGGUGGAGGAGGGCAAGAAACAUGGCUCUAAAGAUUUUCUGAAUCUGGGGGCGCCACCCACCUUUGAGGACAACACCGCUCUGUAUACAGGGGUCCUAAAGAGGCCCCCUUUGCCCCAGGAGCUCUCCCUGCCCUCCCUCACCCAGGAUGAACUCUCUCUGGAUGGUGACACAGACAGUCUGACCAACUCCCCUUCCUCCAGCAGCCUAGACACCUGGUCCGGACACAAGCUGGUAAAAACCUUCAGUAAAUCUUCCAGUACCCACGGACUCAUCCGGCCCCCCAGGAGAACCCCAGUUGGCUCUGGGGGCCUGGGAGGCUCCAACUCCGGCGUUGGAGGUAGUGGCUCUUCCUUCUCAGAGCUGGAUGGCUGUGGAUUGGACGACGAAGGAAAGCUCUCACGCUCUACCACCGACGGCGAGAUGCGGAAGGCCCUGAACUCCAUCUCCCAUGGGAGAACAUGCAGCUUUGGAGGCUUUGACCUGUCUAACCGUUCACUCCAUGUGGUCAACGCGGGCUGCGAGGCCAAUAAUAAAGAACAGGAGGCCAUAUACAGAGAAGUGGUCAAAUCCCCCACCACGUCUCGGAUCUCACUGGGCAAGAAGGUCAAGUCGGUCAAGGAGACGAUGAGGAAGCGCAUGUCGAAGAAGUACAGCAGUUCCUUGUCUGAGCAGUCCAGUCCGGAUGGAGCCCCUGGCUCCCCUCAGUCCCCUCAGCCUGACACCGACUCUCUGGAGAAGCCAAAGCUGAAGGCCGGAGGCUCGGUGGAAAGUCUGCGUAGUUCACUCAGCGGACAGAGUUCAAUGAGUGGUCAGACAGUGAGCACCACUGACUCGUCAGCCAGCAACAGAGAAAGUGUGAAGUCAGAGGAUGGUGAUGACGAAGAGCCGCCUUAUAGAGGGCCAUUUUGUGGCCGUGCCCGAGUCCAUACAGACUUCACCCCCAGCCCCUACGACUCUGACUCCCUCAAACUGAAGCGUGGUGAUGUGAUUGACAUUAUCAGUAAGCCACCCAUGGGUACGUGGAUGGGCCUGCUGAACAACAAAGUGGGCACCUUCAAGUUCAUCUAUGUGGACGUGCUGAGUGAAGAAGAGGAGAAGCCCAAGAGGCCUGUGAGGAGAAGGAGGAAGGGCCGACCACCCAAACCCACGUCAGUGGAGGAGCUGCUGGAGCGCAUCAACCUUAAGGAGCACAUGCCCACUUUUCUGUUCAACGGCUACGAGGACCUGGACACAUUCAAGUUAUUAGAAGAGGAUGACCUAGAUGAGCUGAACAUUAGAGAUCCUCAGCACAGAGCCGUGCUGCUCACCGCUGUAGAGCUGUUACAGGAGUACGACAGCAGCAGCGAUCCAGAGCGCAGCGGCCUGUCGGGCUCCCAGGAGAAGCUGCUGAACGAGGGUCAGGGCCUGGUGGGAGACUCCCCGCGAGACUCCGGGUGCUACGAGAGCAAUGAGAACCUGGAGAAUGGUAAAAGCAGAAAGGCUUCCCGUUCCACUCGUUCCUCAGCAGGCCUCCAGUCUCCAGACUACCCCACGCUGCCCAUGACCCUUUCAACAGAGGCUCUGCAGCAGAACAGCAAGAACCAGCGCACAAAGUUCCCAAAAAGUUUCUUCAUCAAACCCUCCCUGAAGGGCUUCAACCUGUUAGGGCUGCGCAAAGCCCAAAGACGGUCUCCCAUCCCGUCUAGCCGCAGCUGUGAGGACCUGGAUGGGUCCCCACAGCCCAGUGGACCCUGGAAACGCUCCCACUCUCUGGGGGAUCUGCACUGGGAGCAGAACUUUGAUCAGAAGGAUCUGGGUGUGGAGCUUAAACUCACUAAGGAAGCACCCAAAUCAGGCAGUAGCCCCACCAAGGUCUGUAGAGAGGGUUCCCCAGCUCACAAUGGGACUCCAACAGUAAGCCCAAAAAGAAGGUCCAACAGACCACCUGUGCCCUCCCAACUGCCUCUUCGCCCCCCUUGUCCCACAACCCAGUCCCCCAACCCGCCAGAGCUCCUCUCCAGUCCUACUCCAAGUCCCACCGAUUCUAAUGCAAGUGGGGAGAGGGUUAUGCGGACUCACCCCAAAAAGCCUCCAGUCCCUCCUCCUGUUCCUGCCAAGAAGUCUAAGGAAAGACUAGCCAACGGCCUGCGUCACCCCCCUCUCUCCCUGCCUUCCUCGCCAUCACCCACUCCCUCCCCUACCCACUCCCUCACCCGUUCUCACCCCAGCAGCCCUAUAAUCCGCAGCCCCAGUUACGGUGCCCCAGCUCUGCCUGCCAAGACCCCAAGCACCCCUGCAAGCCCCUGUGCCACCUCAUCCGCCUCAUCCAUGGGCGAGGAGUCAGGCACCCCACCAGCAGUGCAGCCUCCGUGGUUCUCAGAUCUGGGGGGAAAGGUGGCUGUUGCGAGGAAGGCUUCACAUGCCAAGAUGAGUCCUGACCUGUUUACCCUCCUGGAGCAACGGCUGGAGGCUGAGGGUAUCGAUCUUACAGAGGAGCCCUACUCUGACAAGCAUGGCCGCUGUGGCAUCCCCCAGCCGCUGGUGCAGCGUUACUCCGAGGACUUGGCGCAGCCCGUCAAGGAUGUGGCCUCCACCAUGGACCAGCUUCGAGUCAAAGAGCUGCGUAAACAACACCGCAUGGCUAUUCCUUCUGGAGGUUUGACAGAGAUGUGCCGGAAGCCUCUGCCCUCAGGGAACAUCAGCACAGUCUCUGAUUGGCUCACCUCCAUCGGCCUGCCCAUGUAUGCCACAUCUUUGGUGGCAGCGGGAGUCGACUCGCUGAGUCGUGUGGCCUUGUUAACAGAGAGCGGCGCGUGGGAAGCAGGGGUGCGGGAUGAAAGACACGCCCGCCGGCUGGUCAGUGAGGCACGAUUGGUCGGCUCGCACAGAGAGGUGCAGUCCUAACCAUGAAGGUGGAGUCAUAUAAAGUAACAGGUAUCAACUCACUGGUCAGCACCAUCUCAUUUAAACAUGGUCAGUAGGAGGUCAAAGACAAAUUGGCCACAGGACUCCACGAUCACACGAAUGACCACAGCACUACAGGGAUUCCUGUCUUGCAUGUGUCAAAAGACUUAAAUUGAGCCACCCUGCUCUCUGAUUUUCUCUCUUUAUUACCCUUUUCUCAAAUGUUUACGGCAUUAAGGAGUUUCUCCUAACAGCCAAGACAAGAUAUCAGAUGCCUUUUCUUUUCUGUGGGAUGGCGUCCAUUCUGAAGACACCCCCAAAGUCUUAAAAUAAAGACUUGGAUCUGCCUUGAAGGAUGAUAGCACACUCUUUUGUAGGAUGGAUGUUUUUUUAAAUACAGAAAGGAUGGUUUACUUCCUGCAUAUUUCAUAAGUGCUUCAUUUUCAUCCUUUGUGUCAAGGCAACAUUAUCUGAGGGUCUGUUAAGGAAGUAGCUCGGCCAAAGUGAUUUACUCCUCAUUUAGCGUUUCAUUCCCACUAAUAGGUUCAUAAUGAUGAUUAUAAGAUUCACUUAACAUCUGAACUAAAUACACCAAACGAUGAAUAACUGGUGGUAUUGAGAUCACUUAUUUUGUAUCAUGUUUCUGUAUUAUAGCAUAACACAUCUUCAUUGUAAAAUGAUUUAUGUUACAUUUGUUUGCCUUUUGAAUGUUGCAGCCUUAUUUUGAGGCCAGCUCUCAGUCAUUUCUAAGCUUAAACAGCUGACAUCACACAUUUAUAUUUCAUAUUAUACUGUAUGUCCUAUUUCACUGCAUAUCUUGGAUGCACACCCUGCACCGACAUGAAUAUAAGUCUUACAGAAAGCUCUGUUUUACUCGAGUAAUCACAAUCCGCUUUCACAGCAACAAAGCAUUCCCAGUGUAUCAAGUACAUUUUAAUUUGCCUUACCAUUAUGAAAAAAUAGCUUCAUCAUCAAAUAGAACAUAUGUAUAGUAUUGACUAUAGCACCAAGCUAACCUGUGCUAGAGGUGCAAGCAUCUUUGUUCUGAAUUUUUCUGAGAAAGAAUUGAGAUUUUAUGAACACCCAUACGCAACCAGAUCAUUUCAGCCAUACACAUGGAUGUGGACCACAAAAAAUGUCUGAUGGAUUGUGGUUUCUUUACUUGUGAAGCUCAGAUGAUAAAACCACAGGCACAACAGAGACGUUGUUCCAUGUUUAACAUUCCUGUUAAACACAUUCACUGUACGUGUUCCAUGCAGAGGGUUGUGGGACGAGGGAGGGAGGGGAAAAUAGAAAUGCUUCAAAGACACAGCUGACAUAUGGGCUGUCUACACUUUGGUUACAGUGUUGAGGAAUUUGAUUUAUAGCUGGAUAAUGGGCUGUUUGGGGACUUUUAACACAUUAUACUGUAGCUAUAAUCAAUGCGUGUCUGAAAUUCUUAAUUUGACUUUUCUCAAACACACAGAGGAUAGAUGGUAAGAACAGAUAUACUGUAUCAGGUGAAAAGCUGACCUCCAAGGUCAGCAUACACUAUCCCACUAAAUAGUAAAUCAGGGAAACACUGUCGGGUCAGCCUGUUACAAAAACGUAACUUAAAAACAACUAGAAACUCAUUGCUCUUUCAUUUGCGCACUCACUGCAUGAAAUUGAGCUAACAUUUGUGUUUUUCUAAUAGUAAAGUCCUAUCUUUCAUCAUCUGAACUGAAGACUUAUUCCAUGGAGUUCAUAUUUUUAAAAAAAAUUGAGCAAGUGUUGUAAAAUUAGAGGAUGUAUUUUUUUUCUUUUGCAGUGGGCACUUGAUAGGUAGAUGUUUGAUGCCUUUUUUCUCUUCAAUCAAAGUGGUGCUCUGAGAAAGCGAGGGUGGGGGUCAUUAUUAAAAAAGUAAAAGACCCAAGAAGUGUUUUGUAAAGAAUGAAAAUACUGACACUGUAAAUGCACUUUAGAGGGUAAAUCUAGCUGUUUUAUUGGCGGAAUUGGCUACAUUUUGUUCACAGGUCCAUUAAUGGACAUUUGUUGUCAGGUUUUGUAAAGGGUUUCAGUGGGUUAUGCUGGUAUUUUAUUUUAGUAUUGAGUUCCCAAUGCCAAGUUUGAUAACGAUUCACAGGUUAACCUGUUCCGGUUACUCACUUCCAGUUUGUUUUUGCAGUCUUAUAAAAAUAAAUUCUUAAUUACAUAUAUGAAAUGCUUAGCAGAAGUUGCACAUUCUGUAUAUGUAAUUGAUAUUUAAAUAACUUAUUUUUUGCUUUUUUCAUAUCAACUGUAAUAAGCUGUACUAUAUGAAUAGCAAUACCUUCCUGCAUAAUGCAUAUUGCUUUAGCCAGUGAGGAACCACAGUAUGUAAUGUAAAAUAUUUGUACAAAAUAUUUUAUUUGGUUUUCAUCUACCUAAUGAUUGUCCAUACAUAUUUGCUUGUGUAUUGAAACAACAAAAGUAAUGUCCAUAACUAUUUGUCAUUCUGAAAUAUAAUAAAAACUGUUUCUUGCCAUA